GGGAUCUGGUCCCCUGGUCACCAAUUUUCCAUUCCAUCAGCGCAGCCUGAAUCUUUUGAUUCACAGCACUUGGCUUAGCUGCCUGACCUCUAUUCACUAUUUCUACCCAGUGCGGUUGGAACCCGCAGGAACUAGAUAAAGGCAGCGGUUUUUCCACCUGUAUUUUUAGCCAGCGAAUCCUUUGUUCACUUCCAUUUGGGUUCACCUUCACCUUCACCCUCGACCGAGUUCUCCCUUUCCACUCUGAAGCAACCCUCGACGCAUCAAAGAAUUCACCUCAAUAGGAGUGCGCCCGUCCUCCUCAACUUACUGCCAUGUCUGAAACACCAUCUGGAAGCGGGUCUCUGGAAGACCGCAUCACCAAGCCAGAGUCCACCUCAUGGGCCGAUGAAGUAGCCUCUCCCGCAACCGAGAACCCACCACCAAUUGCAAACAUGGGAGCAAAAGAGCCGGAGCCAGCAUCACAGAAUAACGGGCAAGUCGAUGGAGCUACAGAACCUUUCGGGGGAUCGCAGUUGGAAGAACCCGACUUUGAGGUGGAGGUCAAAUUGGCCGACAUGCAGGCAGAUCCUAACAACCCCCUCUAUUCGGCCACUUCGUUUGAGCAACUAGGGCUCAACGAAAACAUCCUCAAAGGCGUCGUGAGCAUGAACUUCCGAAAACCGUCAAAAGUCCAAGAGAAGACCCUCCCGCUCCUCCUGAUGAACCCUCCUCAGAAUUUGAUCGGUCAAUCUCAAUCUGGGACUGGCAAGACAGCCGCUUUCGUGUUGAACAUUCUACAUCGUCUCGAUCUUAGCAACGAACAAAUGCGCAAGACUCCACAGGCACUGGUUUUGGCUCCCAGUAGAGAGCUGGCUCGUCAGAUCGAAGGCGUUGUCAAGGUCAUGGGGUCUUUCGUGGAAGGUCUGAUUGUGGCCGCUGCCAUUCCUCAAGAUGCUGCAAGCCGCUCGCGGAAAAUCGAAGCCUCAGUGGUCGUUGGAACUCCUGGCACGGUCAUGGACAUGAUUCGCAAGCGAUCCAUGGAUGUCAGAUCAGUCAAAGUGUUGGUGCUCGAUGAGGCCGAUAACAUGCUGGAUCAACAAGGUCUAGGUGACCAGUGCAUUCGUGUCAAGUCGAUGCUACCCAAAACCAUUCAAAUCGUCUUGUUCUCCGCCACUUUCCCAGAAAACGUCGUCCUAUAUGCCGAAGCGUUUGCUCCAGGCGCCAAUCAGUUAACUCUUCAACACAAGGAUUUGACAGUCGAAGGUAUCAAACAGAUCUACCUGGACUGCGACAGCGAUGAAGCCAAGUACGAAGUCUUGGUCAAAUUCUACGGUCUCAUGACGAUUGGCUCAUCCAUUAUCUUUGUCAAGACUCGAGAAACUGCACACAACAUCGAACGAAAAAUGUCCGCCGAGGGCCACAAGGUGGUGUCACUGACUGGAGGCAUUGAAGGAGCCCAGCGCGACGUCAUCAUCGACGCAUUCCGCAUGGGUCAUGCCAAAGUUCUGAUCACGACCAACGUCCUCGCUCGUGGUAUCGACGUCCAAUCCGUGUCAAUGGUUGUCAACUACGAUGUUCCGGACAGAUUUGUCGGUGGCGGCCGAUACGUCGCAGACCCGCAAACUUAUCUUCAUCGUAUCGGCCGAACUGGCCGAUUCGGACGUGUGGGUGUGGCUGUGACGUUCGUCAGCAGCCGGGGUGACUGGGAGAAGUUGAUGGAAAUCCAAAAAUACUUCAACACGCAUAUGACCAAGGUCUCGACGGAUGACUGGGACGAGUUGGAGGAGCAGGUCUCGAGAAUUAUCAAGAGUUCAAGAGCGGGUUCGAAUUUUACGGAUGGUGCGAACAUGGGCAUGCAAACAUGAAAAGGGAUGCUGCCAUGAUGUUCAGCCGCUCUAAACCAGGAGUGUUUCUGAAGAAAAUACUCACGCCGGGAUGAAUGAUGAACGACUUGUUGGUGGAGGUAUGAGUACAAGGGAGCAAAGUGCAAGAAUCUGCUUCGAGAUUUGCCUUUGUCGAUGUGAGCGGAAAGAUUGUGAGGACAUUCAGAACGAGCAUAUGCAAUUUGCUCAGUGCUACGGGAGGGGAAUAGAAAUAGGACUGUUAGUCGACAUCAAGAUACCCACAAACGAAACUUCGGUACAGAAGAAAAAUGAUGAUAUGCGGAUCACGCAAAAUGAGCACUCGGAAUACGUACUAUUCUUU